AUGGUACUUGACAGCCUAUCUUCCCCUCAUCGGAUAACAUCAUCGAUUCGUAAAGGUUUCCCCAAGGAAGAGCUUGGCAACUGUUCAACACUCCUGAACAGACACCGAUUCCUGCUAACUGCUCUGACUCUAUUGGCGUUUCUAUGCACCAUCUACCUCUACUUCGCCAUCACAUUAGGUGCCUCCGCUGCCGCAGCAGCAGGAUCGUGUUCUGGGAUGUCCGGGAAAGAAAAGGCGUUGUGCCAUUUAGAGCAUGCCAAGACCUCUGUGACUAUGGGGAAACUGAAAUUCUUCUAA